CUGAACCUUAUAUUAGUCUUGCGGAUCCUUUGAAUUUCCAAAGGGUUACUCCUGUACGACGAGGUUUUACUCAACAAGGUAAAAAUGUCGAUCUGUUAAAUAAGGGAUCUUCUACAACUCAAAAAUCAAAAGCUGAAAUGUCAGAAGAAGAACUUCGACAAAUGGAAGAAAAUGAAUUUAAUACAGGACCAUUAUCAGUUCUACAACAAUCAGUUAAGAAUAAUACACAGAUAUUGAUUAAUUGUAGAAACAAUAGAAAAUUGCUUGCAAGAGUUAAAGCAUUUGAUCGUCAUUGUAAUAUGGUAUUGGAAAAUGUUAAAGAGAUGUGGACAGAAACACCUAAGACUGGUAAAGGCAAAAAGGCUAAGCCAGUCAAUAAGGAUAGAUUCAUAAGUAAAAUGUUUUUACGUGGCGAUUCAGUAAUCCUUGUGCUUAGAAAUACUGUAUAA